ACAACUCUCACCAAUCUCAAUCUCGUAUCAACUCUCUCACCGAUGAAAACCCUCAUGACCAAAGUUUAGAAUAACCGGACUGUACUGAAUUUUUACAGGUAAAUUCCUUCAUGGAUAAUAUCAACUUAGAGAGGAAAAACCAGUAUCAUAUCCCAACCUUUUUAAUGAACAUCUCAACCUGUUACGAGGAAAAGUCUGAGCCCCCUCGAACACCUUCCUACUUGAAGAAAAUGUGUAUGUUAAGCCAAUCAAUCUCAAAGUUUCUGUUAAAAACCAACCCCUGACAAUGGAACUUGACACAGGUGCUUCUGUUUCUGUUGUCGAUAUUGACACUAAAAAUUGAUUCUUUCCAAAUGGAACACUAUCCGUCUAAACGUAAAUUCUCAAGUUUUACGACAAACAGAUUUGGCAUGCUAGGCUACUUAAAAGUUAGAGUCAAAUUCAAAAACCAAUCACAAAUGCUUGACCUGUAUGUCGUUGACUUUCCAAGUGAUAACCUCUUCGGUAGGGACCGAGAAGGAAAUUCAGUAGUGGGUUCACCUCCGAACAUAAUCUACCGUUCAAUAUCAGUGACCACGCUUCACAGUUAUUUCCGAUAAUGUUCCCCGACUCGGAAAUAGCAGCAAAAUUUCAAUGCAGGAGAACAAAAACCACCGCAAUUGUACGGAAUGUGAUAGGUGCUGCCAGUCGGGAAGAACUCAAUGAAAUGUUAAGAGUUAAAAAAUUUGCCCUCAUUAUUGACAAAUCAACGGACCAAGGCUCGACGAUGAACCUAUCCCUGUCAGUCCGAUAUUUUGAUCCCAAAAGACGGGAUGCGAGGGAUAGGUUCUUCGAUAUGAAGGAAAUGGUUAAGGGCGAUGCCAUAAAUUUAUACAAUGCUAUUAAAAAAUCUUUUGAUGAGAAUAACAUCCCAUAUAAAUCUAAUAUAGUAGGCUUUGCCGCAGAUUGCACAAAUGUAAUGCAUGGCCGAAAAAAUUCUGUCGAAGCACUGUUCUUAAUCGAUUGCCCUGAUCUGUUCACUUUGUCUGUGUAUUUGUCACUCCUUCACAAUUUGUGCUGGUAGAGGCUGUGAGCAGCUGCCGAAAUACCUUGAAGACUUGCUCAGGGAUACAUAUUCAUAUGUAAGAGGAAGCGCACUACGCUACAGCCACUUACACUGGUGCCAAAUAAUGAGCGACGUCAAACAGCAUAAAAUUCUUAAGAGGGGCUUUCCUUGGAGGAAUGUGUCCGUAGUUUUCUCGAGCAAUAUGAUGCUCUAUUAAUGUUUUUUUAGAAAUGAAUCAAAAGAUUCUACUCUUUUGGCAGCCAGAAAAAUUCUUGACUGGUUAACCGACCCCCAGACUAAAAUAUUCCUACAGUUUCUGUCCUUUGUACUUCCAGAAAUACUGAAAA